AUGUCUCCUUGGCUACACCUUCUCCCUCCACCUCGCGCUCCCCCAGGCCGUCGAAUGCAAACGUUCGGCGGCGCGUUUGUUUUCGGAGAACUAGAGGCAGUCCAGCGGCGUCAUUGUCGUACCGGCCACCUCGGUGCGACGGCGGCGCACAACGUCGUCUUCGCGGUCACCCUGGCCCCGCGAUGCCGCACUCCAGCUCCCUGUGCCUUCCUUCGACCCUCCUCGACCCUCGCAGGCCCGCCGCAGCGAACAAUGGCGCCCCGGUCAUCGCACUGGCCUCCGCCUCGCGCUCCCCCAGGCCGUCGAACGCAAACGUUCGGCGGCGCGGUUGUUUUGGGUGGUCGAAGUGAAGUCCAGUCACGUCGUUGUCGCGCCAGCCACCGCGGUGCAACAACAUCGUGCAGCCCCUUCCUCGCGGUCGCGGAGGCCCCUCGCAACACCUCACCACCUCCCUGUGUCCUCUCCCGACCCUCUUCGAACCGCGCAGGCCCACGGUGGCGAACGACGGCGACGCGGUGGUCGCGUCAGCCACCGCGGUGCGACGAAGGCUCGCAGCCCCAACUACAGCAUUGCCAAGGCCCCGCGAGGCCCCGGGCAGCCUCUCUCCACCUCCCCGCACCCUCCAUCGGCCGUCUUCGACCCGCGCAGGCUCACGGCGGCGAACGACAGCCACGCGGUGCAACGACGGCCGCGCCACAAGUCUGCCAAGGCCCCGGGCAGCCCCCCUCCACUAACCCGCACCCUCCCUCGGCCCUCUUCCACCCGCGCAGGCCCACGGAGACGAACGACAGCGGUGCGGUGGUCGUGUCGGCCACCGCGGUUCAACGACGGCGCGAAGCCCCUGCCACAUGGUCGCCAAAGCCCGCCCUGGGCUCCCCUCGCCCCUCCCCUCGCACCUCACCUCUCCACCCUCCUCGCCCGUUCGCGCGGGCAACUGACACGCGGACGGCGAUGCAGCAUCGCGCGGCCGCUCGAGGUCGACUGGAUGCAGCCCGCCAUCAACCUUGGCGACACCUUCUUCCUCCACCUCGCGCUCCCCCAGGCCGUCGAACGCCACCGUUCGGCGGCACGUUUGCUUUCGGAGGUCGAAGGGUAUUCCAGCCCCUUCGUUGUCGCGCCAGCCACCGCGGUGUGACAGGAGCGCGUUGCCCCCUUCUCGCGGUCGCCGAGGCCCCUCGAAGCCUCAACCCACCCAACUCCACCUCCCUGCACCCUCCGUCGACCGUCUCCUUCGCGCGCAGGCCCACCACGAUGAACGACGGCGCACCGGUCGUCACACCGGCCUCCACCCUCCGCCUCGCGCUCCCCCAGGCCGUCGAACGCAAACGUUCGGCACGUUUAUUCUCGAAGGUCGAAGGGCAUGCCAG